AUGGAACAACCUAGUGAUACUUCCUUUAAAUUUCUUUCCUUAGGUGGUAGUAAUGAAGUCGGUAGAUCCUGUCAUGUUUUGCAGUUUAAAGGGAAAACCGUCAUGCUUGAUACUGGGAUCCAUCCAGCAUAUCAAGGUCUGGCAUCUUUGCCAUUUUAUGAUGAAUUUGAUUUAUCUAAAAUUGAUGUUUUAUUGAUUUCGCAUUUCCAUUUAGACCAUGCUGCAUCUUUGCCAUAUGUCAUGAAAAGGACAAACUUUCAAGGUAGAGUAUUCAUGACGCAUCCAACGAAAGCUAUAUACAGGUGGUUGCUUAGAGAUUUUGUCAGAGUUACCAGUAUUGGUACUACUUCUUCAGAGAAAGAUGAAAAUUUAUAUACGGAUGAAGAUUUGGCUGACUCGUUUGACAAAAUUGAAACCAUCGACUAUCAUUCAACUAUGGAUGUCAAUGGUAUAAAAUUUACUGCAUUUCAUGCAGGUCAUGUUCUAGGGGCCGCUAUGUUUCAAAUUGAGAUAGCAGGGUUAAGAGUGCUAUUCACUGGUGACUACUCAAGAGAAAUGGAUCGCCAUUUGAAUUCCGCUGAAGUACCACCUUUACCAUCAGACGUUUUAAUUGUGGAAUCAACAUUUGGUACAGCAACACAUGAACCAAGAUUAAACAGAGAAAAAAAGCUAACACAACUAAUUCAUUCUACAGUGGGAAGAGGUGGCCGUGUUUUAAUGCCAGUUUUUGCCUUGGGUAGAGCUCAAGAAUUGAUGUUAAUCUUAGAUGAAUAUUGGUCUCAACAUGCAGAUGAGCUUGGAAGUGGUCAAGUUCCAAUAUACUAUGCAUCAAAUUUGGCAAAGAAGUGUAUGAGUGUGUAUCAAACUUAUGUGAAUAUGAUGAAUGAUGAUAUUAGAAAGAAAUUUAGAGAUUCACAAACGAAUCCUUUCAUAUUUAAACAUAUAUCAUAUCUAAAAAAUCUAGAUGAAUUCCAGGAUUUUGGACCAAGUGUUAUGUUGGCAUCUCCAGGUAUGUUACAAAAUGGUUUAUCGAGAGAUUUAUUAGAGAAAUGGUGCCCCGAAGAUAAAAAUAUGGUUUUAAUUACUGGUUAUUCUGUGGAAGGUACGAUGGCUAAAUAUAUAAUGCUAGAACCUGAAAAUAUUCCUUCUAUUAAUAAUCCUGAUGUGUCAAUUCCGAGACGUUGCCAAAUUGAAGAAAUCUCAUUUGCUGCACAUGUUGAUUUCCAAGAAAAUAUAGAAUUCAUUGAAAAAAUUAGUGCUAAUAAUGUAAUUUUAGUCCAUGGAGAAUCAAAUCCUAUGGGUAGGUUGAAAUCAGCUUUACUUUCUAAUUUUUCGAGUUUAAAGGGUACCGAAAAUGAAGUACAUGUCUUUAAUCCUAGAAAUUGUGUUGAAGUCGAUCUUGAAUUUAAAGGAAUUAAGGUGGCUAAGGCAGUCGGAAAUAUUGUGGAUGAAAUACAAAAAGAAGAAACUAGUAUACUUAAAGAAGAAACUAGUGUAAUUAAAGAAGAAACUCAAGAUAAUAUUGAAGAAACAGAAGAGCAAUUAGAGACAGGACAAAGUAUUAAAGAAGAAGAAAAUACAGAGAGAAUACAAGAAGAAGGGGGUGAUGAUAUAAUAGUAUCAGGGAUUUUAGUAUCUGAUGAGAAGAAUUUCGACUUGAAUUUAGUUUCGUUGUCAGAUUUAAGAGAACACCAUUCCGAAUUGUCGACCACCGUAUUGAGGGAAAGACAAUCAGUUCAAGUCAACUGUAAGAAAGAGUUGAUUUACUGGCAUUUAUGCCAGAUGUUUGGUGAUAUUACUGUUAUUUCUGAUGACGAUAAUAUCACCAAUACUACCGUAAAAAAAGAAGAAUCAUCUAACGGGAAGCUGGUCUUACAAAUAAUGGGAGAUCUGAGAUUAACGGUAGCUGAAUCAGUCGCAUCAUUGGAGUGGACGCAAGGCAUAAUAAGUGAUACCGUUGCAGACUCUAUAAUAGCUAUUCUAAUGAGUGUAGAUUCGUCCCCAUCAAGUGUGAAAAUGAGUAGUAAAACUUGUAACCAUGAUCACUCAGGGGUUACAGAGGAAGCCAAAGCUCAAGAUGAAGUUUCAAAAAUUAAAAGCAUAGCAAGACUUUUCAAAGAACAAUUUGGAGAAUGUUUUACAUUAUUAUUAAAUAAAGACGAAGAUAGCAAGGAUUCUCUCAAAGAAGAUAUUAGUGGUAUGAUUACAAUUGGUAAAAAUACUGCUCGCAUUAAUUUUUCUCAAAUGAAAAUUGAGGAAUGUAAUUCCAACCCACUAAAAGGUAGGGUAGAGAGUAUAUUGAACUUAAGUUCAGAUCUAGUGUCUCCAUUAUGCUGA